AAACUGUCAAACGUACACUACCUUUUUACAUGGUUGAUUGCCGAACUAACACGUGCAGUACAACGUUUUCCUAUUCAUUUCUAGUGAAAUUCUGAUCAAAAAUGCCUUUAGCGGUCGAUCUGUUGCACCCUAGCCCAGAGAACCAAAGGAGGGCCCAUAAAAAGAAGCGACUGGUUCAGCAUCCAAAUAGCUACUUUAUGGAUGUGAAGUGUCCUGGAUGUUAUGCCAUAUCAACGAUAUUUUCGCAUGCACAGAGUGCGGUGCCGUGCAAAGGGUGCUCGACCAUCCUGUGCACGUCCACGGGGGGAAAAGCCCGAUUGACGGAAGGAUGCAGUUUCCGUCGGAAGCAGCACUAAAAAUGUAUAAAAAUAUAUUUUAAAUCUUAAAAAAUAAACCCUCAUUCAAGGGAACAGUGAGUA